AGACUUUGGCUCCGAAAUCAGAUCCAUUGGACCGGCUUCAGGAUCACAACGCGUUGGCGCCAUGGCUCGGUCCUCGCCUUGGAUGAUUGUGGCUUUGGCCUCCAUGGCGGCUUUGGCCUUUGUGGGCCCAAGCCAGGGUCCCAGAAGCGGAAGUGUGGCGCUCCGAGCCGGACAUGGGGAGCUACCUGAAACAACCGAACCGCAGAAUGCCACAAGCAUCGCGCGCACCGGAGGCGCCUUCUUUUCUAUGAUUGCCGCUCUAGCGCUGGUGCUGCUGCCAGUGGAGGCUGAAGCUGCGAAGUCUGGUGGGCGCAUCGGCGGCACUGCCAGCGCAGCUCGUAGCAAGCCUCCUCCUCGAGCACCAGCGGCAGCCAGCACUACAACAAACAAGACAGUGAUCAACGAGACGACAGUGAUUGCCCCUCCACCUCCGGUGGUCGCUGCACCUUCCAUGGGGAUGGGCAUUGGUGUGGCGCCCGUGGUGGUGGCUCCUCCUCCGACCCUUGGAGAUGUGGUGGUGGGGACCGUGAUUGGCGGAGCCAUUAACAAUGCGAUCUCCGGGGGGAACCACAGUGGACCCAGCAAUGCAGAUCGGCUCUUGGAGAAUCAGCAACGCCAGGAUGAGCGGCAGAUUGACAACCAAAAGGCGGAGCUUGAGCAGCUAAAGGCAGAGAUCCAAAACUUGAAAUCGACCAAGUAAGCAUUGCCAACCCUGGUGGCUUUGGCGUUGGUGUACGGACGAGAUGAACAGUGACUUAUAGUGACCUUCCGUCGCGCUUGGCCACGAGAGGCGGCCGGCUCUGAUUUUCCAUCUAGUGCGUAUGUGCUUGGCGAACUCUUUCGGUUCCUGGGCAAACAUCUAGCAGCACCUCGCAUGUUCACAGAAUUUCCAGGAACUAUUGUAAAUUGGAUUCUUUGCAGGUUUGUUUGCUCUUGGAGCUCCGGAUUUUGAUUCCCACAGGGAAUGAGUCCGAAACCGUACCAAUUGAUCAAAGCGG